GACUACAUUGCCAAGUUCCUUGGACUCUCCAGUGACGCCCAGGCUAACGAGACCCAGGAAAAGACGAUGCCGCUCAUGCAGGGGUUGAAGACUUUCCCCAAGGCUGCUCUCUGGUCCAUCGUCCUUUCCACCGCAAUAGUUAUGGAAGGCUACGACACCAGCUUGUUGAGCUCUCUUUACGGUCUUUCAGCCUUCCAAGAGAAGUACGGUGUUCCUAGCAAAAAGGGAGGAUACCAGAUUGAACCCAAGUGGCAGACUGCCUUGAGUAUGUGUGUGCGUGUCGGUGAGCUCAUAGGGUUGUUUGCUGCUGGUAUCAUUGCUGACAGAAUUGGAUACCGCUGGACCUUGAUUGGCUCUCUCUUCGCUGUCAUUUGCUUUAUCUUUAUCGUCUUUUUUUCGCUGAGUCUCGGAAUGCUUGCUGCCGGCGAGACUUUGUUGGGGUUACCGUGGGGUGCUUUCCAGACCUUGACGGUUUCCUACGCCUCGGAGGUCUGUCCAUUAGUCUUGAGAUUCUACUUGACCACUUACGUCAACAUUUGCUGGGUCCUCGGACAGUUGAUCGCUUCGGGUGUUUUGAAGGCCUACGUCGGCUCUACCUCGAAGUGGGCUUACAGGAUUCCUUUUGCGCUCCAGUGGAUGUGGCCUAUCCCAGUCAUGAUUGGUAUCUACUUGGCGCCAGAAUCCCCAUGGUGGUUGGUUAAGAAAGGAAGGAUUUCCAAGGCCAGAAAGUCAUUAGGCAGAUUGAUUUCCGAGAACGAACAUAUCCCGGAUAAGGCUGUUCUUGUGGAUGCAAUGGCUAUCAAAAUUCAGUUAGCUAACGAAGAAGGUGCCUCUUUGCUGGCAGGUUUCUCAUACUUUGAUUGUUUAAAGGGCGUCAACCGGAGAAGAACCAGAAUCGGUGCCAUUGUCUGGCUCAUUCAAUGCAUGACUGGCUCCACCUUGAUGGGAUACUCCACUUUCUUCUAUGAACAGGCUGGUAUGAAUAAAAGCAAUGCAUUUACGUUCACAAUUGUGCAGUAUGUUUUGGGUCUCAUCGGCACUGUCGGGUCUUGGUUCGUUUCUCAGAGGGUUGGUAGGUUCAAGAUCUAUUUCUUCGGUCUCUGCACUCAGUCCUUUAUUCUUCUUUUAAUCGGAAUUCUUGGAUGCCUCAAAUCGAAGGGUGCCUCGUGGGGAAUUGGGUCGCUUUUACUCGUCUUUGUCUUUGUGUAUGAUUUGGCCAUUGGUCCGGUAUGCUACUGUCUUGUUACCGAGAUCCCAUCUGCCAGAUUGAGAACCAAGUCGGUUAUCAUCUCCAGAAAUUUGUUCAACGUUGGUGCCAUUAUCAACGCUGUCUUGACGCCGUACAUGUUGAAUCCAGAUGCUUGGAACUGGAAGGCUAAGGCCGGAUUCUUAUGGUCUGGCUUUGCUCUUCUCGGUGCCACUUGGUGCUGGUUCGAGUUGCCUGAGACCAAGGGCAGAACUUUUGCUGAGUUGGAUGCCUUAUUCAAGAACAAGGUCAAGGCCAGAGACUUUGUGAAAACUGAGGUUGUCACUUUUGAUGCUCAUGCGAUGAUGGAGAGGUUAGGUGAAGAAGGGUUGAAGAAGGUGGUGCAAGAUACCGAAGGUGCCACCACCACUGGCUAUGCCAAUGGAAGGGAAUUCUCUCCUUAAGAUUUUCUUUAUAAUUUCUUCCAAGAUAUUCUUUCUGGGUGGGUGUUUUACCCACCUGUUUUCCUUUUAAUUCUUCUAUCCAGUUGACCUGGU